GUUUUUCACUUCACUCUGCCUAUAUCUUAGUUAUUUAGGCCUUGCCAAUCAUUAAUAAUAUCGGUUUGCACCUCCAAAAUUGCUCCCAUCGCAAUAAUUACCUCGCCAACGGGUCGGAGACAUUCCCACAGAAUUCGCGAGCGCACCAGGAGUCGCUAUUCGUAAACUGGACAUUUUCCCAGGGGCGCGCAGACGCCGUCAAUAGCAAAUCCCGGCACCCCGGGAGGGGGGAAUCAAUGCAAACAAAAACCGAGCGAUGCCUCUUGCUCCUGGGACUGAUUUUCGCACGUUCAUUCCCCCCACACCAUCUCAGACACGAGAGCAUAUGGCUUCUUCAGCUGUAAUGUUCCGGAUGGCUGGCCGCAAUUGCAUGGCGCUUCUCCUAUUGGCUGCGCUUUCUCCGAUCGCCAGCCACGCGGCAGAUUGUGGCGACGCCAACAGUAUCAAGUCGCUCGAUGCCCUCAACAACAGCGUUAACGGUCGCAUUCAUGUCAACGCGCCGUUCUCACUACCGUGCUUCUCCAGCUAUGAAGGACGGGCUGUCGAGCCUGACGCGGCUGCUUGCCAGGCCGUCCAGGAUAACUAUGCGUCGCCGACGUUCCUCACGGAGUACCCUGGCGCCUAUAUGAACUAUCAGGAUUCGAUGUGUUCUUCUGACCCCACCAACCAGUGCGUCCUCGACAAUACCAACCCUGCGGAUCCCUUGGCAUACGUUGGCAAGGACUGCAGACAGGGCGACAUCCCUUCGCACUACCUCGAGGUCAUGGAUGUAUGCGACAUCCAAGCCGCUUUCAGCUUCUCUCGGUCCUCUGGGACUCCCGUCGUCGUCAAGAACAGCGGCCAUGACUAUCUGUCCCACAGCAGCCAGAAGGGCGCGCUGGCACUGCGGACUCGCCACCUGCAGAAGCUCGAAUACCACCAUGCCUUCGUCCCCGAGGGCUGUUCCGCAGGUGAGGGUGACAAGUACUUGGCCAUCACCACCGGAGCUGGUGUCAACUGCGACCAGGCAUACGGCUUUGCUGACGAGAACAACGUGACGAUCCUUUGUGCCUACUCCGAGACUGUCGGAAUUUCUGGAGGCUGGGUCCAGACUGCCGGUCACUCCGUCUUAUCGCCCGUGUAUGGUCUCGGAGUCGACCGUGUCCUCGAGUUCCACGUCGUAACUCCCAACGGCCAAGACCUCAUCGCCAACGCCUGCCAGAACCAGGACCUCUUCUGGGCUCUCCGUGGCGGCGGCGGCGGCACGUUCGGCGUCGUCAUGAAGUCGACCCAUCUUGUUGAGCCUCGCAUCCCGAUGGUCACGGCCAACAUCGCCUUCACCUCCAACUCAACGACCCUGCUUGAGUGGAUGGCCAUAAUGCUCGAGGAGGCAGCACCGUGGGCUGACGCUGGCUGGGGUGGUCACAUCACCGGAAGCUCCCUCAUCUAUGUCAACCCAAUUCUAUCGAUGGACGCGGCUAAAAAGUCUAUGAAGAAGGCUUCUGAUUACGCUACCAGCCAUGGCGGCAGUGUUGUCUUCAAGCACUUCGACUCGUUCUACGGCUUCUACGAGGAAUAUGUCGUCACCAACGCCGCAACCGUUGGGAACACCCGCCUCCCCGGUAGCCGACUGAUUCCUCGCUCUGUCCUUGACAGUGAAGACGGUCGCAAAGCUCUAAUGGGCUUCCUGGAGGGCAUUAUUGCGGCUGGCAACAGCCCGUAUGUGCCCGUCACCAUGCCAACAGUAUAUAAACCAGACGGCGACAACACCACUUCCACUACACCUGCUUUCUACUCCUCGCUCUGGGAGCUGGGUAUAGGCUCUACUUGGGCCUGGAACAGUACACUCGAACAGCGUCUGGUAGCUGUUGAGGGGCUCAACAACAAGACUGCUCAACUUGAGGCAAUCACUCCUGGCGGCGGCGCCUACAUGAACGAAGCCAACCCUUUCACACCCGGCUGGCAGGAGGCGUGGUGGGGCAAGGAAAACUAUGCCUCGCUCCUCGCGAUCAAGAACCGCUACGACCCUGAUCGCCUGCUUCGUUGCUGGCGCUGUGUCGGCUGGGAGGAGUCUGAUGUUCAGGACUCUUGCUUUAAGGCAUUCAACAACUAGUUUCAUAGCACUAUAUAGAGAGUCACUGUGCUAUAUUUAGGUAGAUAUAUUUUGCACGUGCUACCGAGCACAUUAUUAAGUAGGCACUGCUAUAGAUUAAAGAAUCAAAAUUGCAAACAAGAGGACUAAAAAGCGUAUAAUGCUUCUAACUCUGUAGCUCAGGUAAACCGUGCGCGCGGGCGUCCUAAACACACCGCUUAUUCUUUUA